GUGAAGCCAUUGCAGCUGAUGUAGAGAGAGAGAAGCCAUUACAGUCGCUGGAGAGAGAGAAGGGGCCAUUACAGCGGCUGGAGAGAGAGAUAGAGAGAGCAUUACCAUGUCAUCGAGUAGCAGAGGGCAGACUUACUGGUGCCACGAGUGCGACAUGUCGGUUUCUCUCCUCCCCACUCUCUCUCUCCUUUGCCCCCACUGCCAAGGCAACUUCAUCGAGCAAAUGGACCUGGAUUCCCCUCCCCACCAUAACCAAUUUUCCGGCCAAGAUUCCGGCCAGGAUCACUUCUCUGGCGAAGAUUCCGGCCAGCAAUGGGAACUCCUCUCCCAAACCCUAGCCCACCUCCUUCACCCCAACAACCCCUCCCCUCUCCCCACCUCCAAAGCUUCCAUCGCCUCCAUUCCGACGGUUAGGAUCUCUCCGCCACCUUCUCACACCUCAGAUCUCGCCAUCUACUGCCCAGUCUGCAAGGAUGAAUUCGAAAUCGACGACGAGGUCAAGCAAUUACCCUGCAACCAUUUGUACCAUGGCGAUUGCAUUCUUCCGUGGCUCCAGACGCACAAUUCGUGCCCCGUCUGCCGCUUCGUCUUGCCAACCGAGGAGCAUUUGGGGAAUUUGCAGGACGGCGAUGACCCAUUGAGAGGCAUUCUGGGAAAUUCUCAGGCACUGCCCGUCGAGGUGCUGGACCCUUUGAGGGGCAUUUUGCAGACCUUGCAGGAUCCUUCUGCCGAUUCCGAAGCAUUGAGGGGCAUUUUUGGAGAUUCACAGGUCCCGAUGAGCGAUGGGGAGGACCCUUUGGGUGGCAUUUUGGAGAAUUUGAGGGAACUAGGGCAAGGAUUAGGGUUAGGGUUGGGGUUUGAGGAGCUGAUUGAGGGGAAUUUGGGGAUCGAUAUCGGGAGCACAUUGCAGAACAUUGCGAGGAGGCACAGGAUGGUGUUCCCAGGGAUCAGUUCGGGUACACGGAUGGCUCAGGUGGGCCCCACCACGUCUAUCGUGGGGCCCACAAGCAGCGGCGAGACAGUUUCGAGCAGGCCACAGGCGGAGGUGGAUGGGGAUGCAGUCAUGUCGGAGGCGAGAGGGGGGCUGAUCGAACGAUAGGAGAUCUUCUAUUCUGGUAUUCUGUGAAGAAGUUUUCACUGCAUUGGUGGUAAAGAGAGAAGCAAUUUCUAUUCAAAGAAAGCAUUGUGGCUGUGGCACAAAUGCUGUGGUCAUGGAGUCUUGUUUAUGUUUACCGGGAUUCCCGGUAUAUCACUUUGUAGUAUUAUCAACUGUACAUUCAUUUCCUCUCUCCAAAUGGUGGAUCUUGGUGAAUAAAUGUCUGGUGAACUUUGUUUGGGAAAUUGAGAAUUUGGGUUUUGCAGACUCAUCUGUUUUCAUGACCUCCAUGUUUAAUAAAAGAAAUUUGAGUUCCUUUUCCAGUUA